AAAGAGCGAGAUCGCCGUUAGUCUAAUCCCAGGAGAAAGACUUUCAGGCUUGAUCAAUAGAAUUAUUUCCUCUUACCCCAAUUACACGCCUUCCCCCCGUCUAUCAUUUAUACAUGUCAUCAUCAUCUCAGAGUAAGGUCGCCAAGAUGGGCUCCUUCUUAGCUGUUGCUGGUAUUGCAAGCUUGGCUGCCUUUGGCACCUCAAUGGCGCCUUCUGCAGACGCUGCAGUCACGUUUGGUGCUAAUAGUUCGCCUGGAUCGAUCAUUCAAGGAGGACUUGCCUCCAUGGUACCUAAACCCGUCAGUAUGAUGGAUAAAUACCUUGUUCCUGGUCUCCUCAACAUGACAUACAUUGGUGUGGCCAUCACCAAACCCACCCAGAUUGUUGUCAGUGCUAAUGCAUCGCUUAUGAACCCCUUUGGUUCUAUGGCAUUGCCUUUGGGUGUAGUCGGUUUAAAUGUCCUCCUUGACGAUGUAACUUUAGCGACUGUAACAACUACACCCUUGACCAUCGCUGCUGGUAUUGGCCCACUCUCCGUGAAUGCCACUGUCGACGUUGCAGACGGCGAGACUAACCCUGCUUUGAAGAACUCGAUCAAGAAUUUGGUAACUGGAUUCUUCGGUGGUGUCACACCUAAUGGUCCUCCUCCCAAGCUCGUUAUCAGUGGUAUUAACCUAGCUGGUACACCCUUGGGAUUGGAUCCUAUCGUUAUCCCCACCCAGAUUAAACCAUCUGGCCCCAUCAAGCCUACAGAUGUAACCGCAGGAGCGGGAAAGCCUCCAGUCAUUGGCCUGGCUGGUCUGAUCAACCCUGCUAUUAAUUUUACUAUGCCGACGCUUAACAAGGUCACACUCAAAGCCGUUACUGGUGCUCAGCUGACAGGGGGUGUUGGCUUCUCUUGGAACAACCCUCUGAACGUUGGUUUGGACAUCCCUUAUGUAACAAUUGAUGUUGCUUUAAAUGGCACGCGUCUAUUGACUGUAGGAGUCGAUAGCCUGCACCUCGCUCCCGGUAACAUGACUGCUGAGACAUUUGUCGAUCUCAAGUUCAAUAACGACCCCGCAGCUUCUGCUCAGUUGGCUGCUCUUGUGAAUGAUUUCCUUGCAGGCAAUGUAAAUCACAUAUUGAGUAUUGGCAACUUUACUUUUGGAACAAAGGAUAACACCACUGCCACAGGCGUGCUCCUUAACACAUUGUUCAGCGGAAUUGAGAUCAACUUGCCACUGCUGAAUAUCAACACCAUUGCUAUUCAGCAAAUGAUUGCUAGUUAUCUCCAACCCUAUAUUCCUAUCGAUAUCAGCAAACUCGGUUCGGGCACUGGUCCUUCAUUGACGACCUACCUUCAAGCUUUGGCUAUCUCCACUGCCCCAGGACACACUCUGUUGAUCGAGCCCAAGAUUCAGCUACCUUUGCCAUUCGAAUUGGACUUGAAUAUCCCUUACUUCGCCUUGGACAUCAACCUCGACAACUCAAUGCUUGGUCAGUUCUUUUUGGCUAACCUAGUUGGUACAGGCUCUGGACAGGUCGGCAUCUCAGUCGGGAUUGGUUUGGUCUUCAGAGAACCCGCUCCAGAGAUCCCACCUACUGUUGCCAAGUUGGUGACUGGAUUGACGACAGGUUCAAGUCUUGACAUCUUGGCUGGAGUCUCCAACAUUGCUAUUGGUAUCUCACCUGCAGAUGCUGUAAAUACUUUAAAUAAUCUGAAUAUUGCUGUACCUAUCUCAAGUCUUAUCACCGGCUCCAUCAGUACUGGCAAUUUACUUCAAGAUAUCAUGGCUCAAACCAAUGUUACUAUUGCUCCCAACGCUGUCAAUAUCAAGGUUGGCUCCCUGGCUCAGUUCACGAUCCAUGAGGCUUCAAUUGCCGUGUUGCCUAGUAACAUGGUCACUGCUGGUAUCAACCUGGACAUGUUCCUUGGUCUGCCUGUAAUUGCAAACAUUGGCUACUUUGGCCUUCAGGUUUCCCUGGAUGAUGCCAACCUUGCUGGCGUUGGCUUAACUACAGGCCUCAAUUAUGGUGGCGGCAUGGUCCAAAUGAAUGCUGGCGUGGCCAUUUCUGUUGGCACUGGUCCAGAGAUCAGUGGCAAGGUUGCCAGCCUUGUUAAUGCCAUUAUUGCUCAUCAACCUGUCUCGAGCUCUGUUGGUGUCGGUGGUAUUGUCAUUGGCCAGAGUGCCGACGAUUUGAUAAAUGCUCUCUCGCAGGUCAAGGUCUCUAUUCCUCUCGGCGGUUUCUUGGGUGGCAAUGCACCUGCUCUUUCGUCAGGUUUCCUGGACAGCAUUCUAGCUCAGCUUGGUUUAUCUCUCACUGACUUGUCGUUGUCUACAAUCCCUAAUGCUGGACUCCAAGUCGGCGCAAAGGCUUCUUUCUCCAACCCUAUCCCUAUUUCGGUGUCAGUUCCCUUCAUUGGAAUUAGUGGAGGUCUUGAUCGUAUUGAUGUCGUCGAUGUGGGGCUCAACAAUUUGGCUUUGUCGCCUGGACCCAACGCUCUUCAGGCCCAGGUUGCGCUCAACUUCAAUAAUGCUGCAGAGGCUCAGAGCAAAGUUGCUACCUUUGUUGGAGAGAUUCUGGGUGGUCAGCUCGGUAAUACUCCUGAAGCUCUGACCGUCCACAACUUGCGCAUUGGUGCUUCCCCUUCGGACUACUUCGAUCUUCUCUCACAAAUUGAUAUCUCGAUUCCAUCCAAGGACAUUCUUAAUAAGCCUAACAUGGAUCUUCUGCUGGCUCACCUUGGCUUGAAUCCCGCUGACAUGACCAACAAUCUCUUGAACAACUUGCAGAUCGGUGCCAUCUCUGCCAACUUGAACAGGGCCCCUGUGAUGGAGCUCGGUACUUCACUCACUGUCAGCAACGUUUCCUUAAAUGCCGCCGUCAACAUUGGGUACUUCGGUAUCGAUCUUGCUUUGGACACCCAUGCUUUGGCUCGAGUGGAUGUACCUUCGAUUACUAUUUCGACUGCUAAUAACCAACUUACUCUUGCUAUCAAGGCCUCAGUCACUAUCCAAGACACUCCUGAAAUCCAGACUGAUAUUGCCAACUUGGUUGACUUCUUCAUGGCCAACAGCACUACGUCUCCUGUCAACAGUCUGGUUAUCUCCAGACCUCUGCUUGGUGUUUCAGCCUCAGAUAGCAUUCAAACUUUUGCUCUCAUCAAGGUUCCAGUUGGCUUGUCUGACUUGCUUCUGAAGGCUAGGGUCUAUGUCAGCCAGCUGCUUGCCGGUCUUGGUGGACUGAACACGGACAAUUUGGCCAUAUCUGGACUUGCCCUUGACUUGAACAGCCCUUCAGUCAUUGGUAUUCAGGGUGGUGUUCAAGUCAAAAACUUGACGUUACCGAUUGAUGUCAGCAUCAGCUAUGUUGGUGUCUCUUUGGGGUUGGAUUCGACUCCAUUAGCUGAUGUUACUGUUCCUUCAUUCACCUUGAGCUCAGCCAACAAUGCUCUCAGCGUCAACUUCCAAGCCUUAGUUGAUGUUAAGCAGGGUCAAGAGCUGAGCGGUCAGAUCGCUAAGUUGGUUGGGUCUCUCUUAUAUCCUGGUCAAGUUACCCCACCUACCAAUGUUGUCAUCUAUGAUCCCGUCUUUGGUGGUGAUAAGGAUCAUUUGUUCCAUAUACUAUCUAAGAUCAGAAUUAAUAUUGCCCUUGCUCCUUACUUGCAAAAAAUCGGUGCCAUUAUCAAUGGAGGCUUGGCUGGCGGCAGCAACUUGUUGGCUGGUCUCGACAUUGGCUCUUUGAUUAUUGAUCUCAACUCUCCUCAGACCAUUGGCAUUGAUGCAGAUAUCUCACUAAAGAAUAUCACUAUCCCUGCUGAGAUCAAGCUGAACUAUGUGGGUGUCAACGUUGCGAUUGAUACUGUCGGUCUGGCUCAGAUCGCCGUCCCCUCAUUCUCACUCAAGCCCUCAAAUGGUGCCCUCGCGAUUUCCGCUCAUGUUGAUAUCGAAAUUCUGCCCAGUGACCAAUUGACUGCUGCGAUCACAAAUCUGAUCAGUGGUGUCCUUAAGAAUCAGACCACGCCUGCCACUAACCUUGUCAUUUCUGGUGCUGUCUUUGGUGGUUCGCCCACUAACGUCUUCACGAUCCUUCAGAGCAUUGCCAUUCCCAUCAAUGUUGCUCCAUUCAUCAAUCAGAUCCCCGCUCUGAUUGCUGGCCAGGGCUCGCUCUUGGACCGCGUCGCCAUUGGUGAACUCAUCGUUGACCUGAACUCACCCCAGACCAUUGGCGUUGAUACCUCGGUCUCAAUCAAGAAUGUCAAUCUUCCUGCUCAGAUCAAGUUGAAUUAUGUCGGUGCUAAUAUUGGAAUAGGAGAGGUCCCUUUGGUUAAACUUGGUAUCCCGAAAUUCGCCAUGAACCCUAACAAUGGCAACUUGGAUAUCUCGCUCCAUCUCGACUUGGCUCUCCAGGAGAGCCAGGCUUUGACUCAAACGAUUAACGGCCUCGCUCAAGUGAUUCUCGCUGGCAAGCCUAUCCCUACCACCACCUUGUUGAUCUCAGGGGCUGCUUUCGGAGGCUCACCUUCCGAUGUCUUCACAUUCCUUCAGGGCGUCAAGAUCCCACUAGAUAUCACUGCUUACUUGAACCAGGCUCUCACUUCGAUCAACAGUCCUGGAGCUCCUUCAUUAUUGGGUAGAAUUGGUAUCUCAGAUUUGGUUGUCGAUCUGAACUCCCCUCAGGUUAUUGGUAUUGAUGCCUCAGUCCUUGUCAAGAAUAUUACCCUGCCAGCUCAGAUCAAACUCAACUACGUUGGUGCCAACGUUGCCAUUAACUCAAUCCCAUUAGCUCAGGUUUCUGUACCUCAAUUUUCGUUGGCGCCUCAAAAUGGUGACUUGCUCUUAAAGGUCCAUGUCAAUCUGGCACUUCUAAGCAGCCCCGAGUUGUCCAAGACUAUCUCUGGAAUGGUUGGUGCUAUCCUUGGUAAUCAGACAUUGCCUCAGACUGAUUUGAUCAUCUCUGGAGCUACGUUCGGCGCCUCGCCCACCAACUAUUUCACGAUUAUCCAAGGCGUUAUUAUCCCCAUUGAUAUCUCACCAUACAUUGCCAAGAUCGGUGGCAUGCUUGGCGGCGCUGGUUCAUCGCUCAACGGUCUGAGCCUCUCGGGCUUAACAGUCAACUUGAACCAGGCUCCUACAAUCGGAAUUGAUGUCAAUGUCGUCAUUCGCAAUCUUGUUCUGCCUGCUAAGCUCAAUGUGGGUUACGUUGGCUUUGACAUUGGUAUCAACAGUGUUCCAUUGGUUGAGGUCGCUAUCCCCAAAAUCGAGCUUGGCUCCAGUGGCACUGAUCUUACAAUUUCUACUCAUAUUGAUCUUACCUUGUCUGAAACGGAUGCUUCUCAAUCCCUUGUGGCCGCGCUCGUGAAUGCCAUUGUAGCUGGUCAACUUCCUCAAGGCACAAUUAUGAUUUCUGAUAUUGCUUUUGGUCCUAGCAAAAAUAAUGUUUACACAAUCUUGCAAGGGGUUCAAAUCCCUAUCCCGAUCUCGAAAAUCCUCUCGUUCGUCCCUGCUCUUCCUGGUACCACUCCCGGUUCAAUUCUCGACAAGCUGUCACUUCAGAGCGCAGAUAUUAACAUGAAGAACCCACCUAGGAUUGGUGCAGAUGUGGACAUUGCUCUCCUUGGCUUCCAGUUCGAUGCCAAGCUCUUGCUCAAUUAUGUAAGCAUCAGUGCCUUCUUAGAUCAGACUCCCUUGGCAACCGUCUCUGUUCCUGGCAUCUCAUUGGCUUCCGGCAACAACCAAGUUGAGCUCAAGAUCCGCUCGCUUGUCGACUUAGCUAGUGGUGGUGAGAUCCAAUCCAAGAUUGCUGCCAUUGCUGCUCAGUUGAUGGGUAAUGGCGGUGCUCAAAAUGUGAACUUGGUAGUCUCGAAGAUUGCAUUUGGAAGCAGCGCUGGUAACGUUUUCCAUAUCUUGGAUAAGGUCCAGGUCUCAGUUCCGCUUGCUCCUUACCUUCAACAGCUGGCUGGUAUCAUUGGUGGUGUUGCUGGUGGCAACGGUGCAGUUCCUCCAUUCAACAUCAACAAGCUGGAUAUCAGCGCUCCCGGUGCCAACGAUCUCUCUAUUGCAGUUGGUGCUUCCAUUGGUGGCAUUGGUUCUAAGAUCUCCGUCCAGAUGCCCUACGUUGGUCUUAAGGUAUCCGCCGGUGGAGCUGGAUUUGUAUAUCCAGCCAUCAACAACUUCCAACUUUCGAAUGGUAAUAUUGCACUCACCCUUGAUUUGCCGUUCCAGCCUGCAGCUCGUCAGAUCGUUGCUUCGCUCUCGACUCCUGUUUCGCAACUGCUAUUCUCAACUGUGGGUCAGGUCCCUGGCUCUGUAGUUGUGAACAGCAUUGAGUUUGGUGCCUCUCCAAGCCAGGCUUUUGAUAUUGCUGCCAAGAUUGGGCUUGAAAUUCAACUAAACUCUAUUUUCCAGAAGGCUCAGGCCUAUAUUAAUGCCCACAACCCACUUCACGUAAACGUAAUGAACACAGUCCUGACGACCACCGGCAUCCAGGCUACGAUCACUGUCCCCGGUGCUCCUCUAUCAGUGCCACUCAAGAUGAAUUUCCCUAUCUCACUCUCCGCUUACUACAAGGGUGGUAGCCCUUUUAUCGGUAUCCAGGCUACAUCUAUAUCCUUGGAUCAGUCUCCAUGGUCUCUCGGUGCUAACAUCCAGACCAUCCAACCUGCUUUUAGUCAAGCCAUGGACGGUAUCCUUCCCAAUGCUCUCCAGUGGAAGAAUGCUCUUCAGGAUGUAACCAUUGGAGGCUUGUCCUUGGGCGAAUUUACCGCAUUAGGUGAAUUGAGGAUUACUCCUCCUGCAGUCACGCUCUGGUCACCAAUCACUAUACCAUUGGAUCGAUUGAAACUCCAUCUAGUUCCUCUGGGCAUGGACUUUUCGGCCGUAUUUGACAAUCUCGGCCCACUACUAGUGGAUUUAGGCACGAUUAACGUUUUGAUCAAGGAUCGUUUCAACUCUGAUGUAAUCGAGAUUCAGAACUUGGGCGGACCUAUCCGUCUCACCAAUGGCAGAAAUGAUCUCGCUCUCAAUGGAUCACUCAAGUUCAAUAUCCUGCAGUUGCCUGGGAUCAUUAUCUCACUUCUGAACCCAUCCGGCUUCAAGUUUAUCUUCAAUAUGAGAACUUCGAGUGGCCAGCCCAUGCCCUGGUUACAGGAUGCACUCAAUGGUGUCCCUGCCACUAUCUUCAACAACCUGUUACCUAUCCUCGCCAAGGCCUUGAGUAACAUCAGGUUUACCAUUUAAAUAGUAAAAGCAUACGGAGUAUAAGAUAGAAAUGGAUGAUCUCUUGGACAACACUAUAGUUGCGAAAAGAAAAAAAAAGUCAAGUAAUAUCAAACGCAUUUCUAGCUAAAGUCCAACUUAUACAUAGUACUAAAUAUCUUGAUGCACACAUUAUUAAAUUCCAUU